AUGAAGUCCGAUUUCCGGUUUACAAACCUCUUGGGAACCGUGUAUCGUCAGGGAAACCUUGUUUUCAACGAUGAGGGCACGCUGUUGCUUUCUCCCGUCGGAAACAGGGUGUCUGUGUUCGAUCUGGUAAACAACAAGUCGUACUCUUUGGACUACGAGCAUCGCAAGAAUAUCGCAUGCAUUGCCCUGAACAAACAGGGCACGCUGCUGCUGUCUGUGGACGAGGACGGGCGGGCGAUUCUUGUCAACUUCCGCGCGAGAACCGUGCUGCAUCACUUUAAUUUCAAGGGCAAGGUGCGCGAUCUCCAGUUUUCGCCAGACGGAACGCACUUUGCGCUGUCUGUGGGCCGUUUUGUACAGGCGUGGAAGACGCCUGAUGUUUCUGAAGACCGUCAGUUUGCGCCAUUUGUGCGCCACCGGGUCUACGCCGGCCAUUACUCAGACAUAACUUCGAUAACCUGGUCUGGAGACUCCAGGUACAUCCUGUCUACGAGCAAGGACCUCACCACGCGUAUCUUUUCGCUCAACACAGAGGACAAGGACGUCAAAAUGACGCUGGCGGGCCACAGAGACUACGUUUUGAAGGCCUUCUUCGACAAAAACCAGGAGAUCAUAUACACAGUUUCGAAAGACGGAGCACUUUUUCGCUGGGAGUACACGGAAAGACCAGGCGAGGAGGAGCUUCCAGACGACCAGAAGCACCACAGCUGGCGGAUCAUUUCUAAAGACUUCUUUUUUUCUGACCACAAGGUGCGAUGUGCCACUUUUCAUGCUCCGUCUAAUCUGCUGAUUGUUGGCUUUUCCAACGGAGAGUUCCGUCUGUACGAUCUGCCGAGCUUCACGAUGGUUCAGCAGCUGUCGAUGGGGUUCAACGCGGUGAACACGAUCUCUGUCAACUCGACGGGCGAGUGGAUUGCGUUUGGGUCCAAGAAAUUGGGCCAAUUGCUGGUUUACGAGUGGCAGUCUGAGUCGUACAUUUUGAAGCAGCAGGGCCAUUUCGACGCGAUGAACUGCCUGGCGUACUCGCCAGACGGAGGACGGAUAGUGACGGCGUCGGACGACGGAAAAAUCAAGAUCUGGGACGUUGUUUCUGGGUUCUGUCUGGCCACGUUCGAGGAGCACAUUUCUGCAGUCACGCAGGUUGUCUUUGCCAAGAAAGGCCAGGUGAUGUUCUCGUCGUCGCUGGACGGCACGGUGCGCGCGUGGGACCUGAUCCGGUACAGGAACUUCCGGGUGUUCACGUCGACGAACCGGUUGCAGUUCAGCUGUUUGGCGGUGGAUCCUAGCGGAGACAUUGUGUGUGCUGGUUCUUUGGAUGAUUUCAGCAUCCAGGUGUGGUCUGUGCAGACGGCGCAGCUUCUGGACCAGCUGGCGGGCCACGAGGGCCCCAUCUCGUGCCUAAGUUUUGGAACAGAGGGCUCGCCCAAGCUGGCCAGUGCGUCGUGGGACAAAACGAUCAGGAUCUGGGACAUUUUCUCGCGCACACAAACCAGCGAGCCGUUCGACGUGCUGCACGAGUGUCUGGCUCUGACGAUGCGGCCGGACUCGAAGGAGGUGGCUGCUGCCACGCUGGACGGACAGAUCACCUUCUGGGACGUGGAGAACGGCAAACAGGUGCGCCAGAUCGACGGCAAGAGCCACAUCAUCACAGGAAGACACGUUGAGGACCGUUUUGUCGCUGGCAACUCUGCCAGAGGCAAGUACUUCUCGACGAUCGCAUACAGUUUUGACGGGCUGUCUUUGGUUGCUGCCGGGAACAACAACUCGAUCUGCUUGUACGACCUGCCGAACGAGGUGCUCCUUAAACGGUUCACGGUGUCGAACAACAUGCAGCUGAACGGAACGAUGCAGUUCCUCAAUUCGAAGAACAUGACCGACGCGGGGGCCAUGGAGCUGAUCGACGACGACGGCGAGUUAUCGGACCUCGAGGACAGAAGACGCGCCGAUAGCAUGCUGCCGGGCUCGAACCGAGGAGACUUGGCAGCACGCUCGACACGGCCCGAGAUCCGCGUCACCAGCGUGCAGUUCUCGCCAACGGCCAAUGCGUUCGCGUGCGCCUCCACAGAGGGUCUGCUCGUGUACAGCGUGGACGAGAGUCUUGUUUUCGACCCGUUCGAUUUGGACGUGGACGUGACUCCGGAAGCCACUCUGGCUGUGCUGAAAGACGGAGAGUACAUGACGGCUCUGGUCAUGGCGUUCCGGCUGAACGAAACGUAUUUGAUCCACAAGGUCUACGAGGCGGUCAAGGUUGCAGACAUCGCAUUGGUGGUUCGCGACCUACCUUUGGUGUAUGUUGAGAAGCUUGUUGGUUUCAUUGCCUCGAUAUGCAUGGAAAGCCCACACUUUGAGUUCAAUCUGAUUUGGGUUUCUACGGCGCUGAGGGUGCACGGCAAGUUCAUUACUAGGGAAAAGGCCCGAUUCAGCAGCUCUCUGCGGCUGAUCCAGCGGUUUUUGAAUAGAGUGGCCAAGGAAAUUGUCAAGAGCGGUGCCAAAAACAGUUAUUUUUACCAGUUUGUGGAAACCGACCUGCAUAAAGAUAUAACCGACAAGCACAACGAGAACACGGACCUGCAAAGCACAGACGAAGAAAUGGUCCAGGGGUCUGAGAGCGAGGACGAGUGGUUUGGCCCUGGACAGGAGAAAGAGGUCGGGCUGCGGUUCGAUGGGUCGUCUUCUGAAGACGAGGUUAUGUAG